GAAUACCGUUCUCCGGUUAUUUGUGCAAAUGGGCCCUCCGCAGCUUCCGCUUUGUCUGCUUACUCGUGCGAGCGAGGGGGCGCUGUGCAUAGGCAACCCUUUCUUUUUAUCUGCCCUUCUGGGGGGAAGUUCACUUUCCUUGUUACUUGCGAGCUGAAACAGGUCUGGACACAUAGGAAGGUACAACGCUGGGCUGUUUGGUGCCAGAGCGAAGUAGUUUUCAUAACGAACAUUAUAAAUGUUCAUGCCAGCCCCUAGAUUGCUUUUUCCCAAAUACCAACUGAGAACCCAAUCUUCGCUGCUAGGCUCUGCAGGAACUGAAGAGGGUACGUCAGCGUACUCAGCAUACGUGUGGGGUAGGAUGGCAAGGAAUGGAUAGGAGACAACCAAACAGCAUCUGUACAUGAAGGAAGAUGGUCUAACGCUUUGUCGGAUAUGAAGAGUCAUCAGUCCCACGGCAGCACCUCCUCGAAGGCUCAUGACAGUGCUUCCUGUUCACAGUCUCAAGGCGGCUUCAGCCAGUCCCAAGGCACCCCCUCUCAGUUGCACGACCUCUCACAGUAUCAGGGUGCAUCCAGUUCCUCCACCAGCACAGUGCCAUCCUCCAGCCAGUCCUCCCACUCCAGCUCUGGGACCCUGAGCUCUUUAGAGACAGUGUCUACUCAGGAACUCUGUUCUAUUCCUGAGGACCAAGAACCGGAAGAGCCUGGACCUACUCCUUGGGCUCGGCUAUGGGCUCUUCAGGAUGGAUUCUCGAAUCUAGACUGUGUUAAUGACAACUACUGGUUCGGGAGGGAUAAAAGCUGUGAAUAUUGCUUCGAUGGACCACUGUUGAAAAGGACGGAUAAGUACCGGACUUACAGCAAGAAGCACUUUCGCAUCUUCAGGGAAAUGGGCCCUAAGAAUUGUUACAUUGUAUACCUAGAAGACCACAGUGGAAAUGGAACCUUUGUAAAUACAGAGCUUAUCGGGAAAGGAAAACGCUGUCCUUUGAGUAACAACUCUGAAAUCGCACUUUCACUGUGUAGAAAUAAAGUUUUUGUAUUUUUUGAUCUGACUGUAGAUGACCAGUCAGUUUAUCCUAAGGAAUUAAGAGACGAAUACAUCAUGUCAAAAACUCUUGGAAGCGGUGCCUGUGGGGAGGUAAAGAUGGCCUUUGAGAGGAAAACGUGUAAGAAAGUGGCCAUAAAGAUCAUCAGCAAGCGGAGGUUCGCCCUUGGCUCGUCCAGAGAAGCUGACACAGCUCCCAGUGUGGAAACUGAAAUAGAAAUUUUGAAGAAGCUGAAUCAUCCGUGCAUCAUCAAGAUUAAAGAUGUCUUUGAUGUGGAAGAUUAUUACAUUGUUCUGGAACUGAUGGAAGGAGGAGAAUUGUUUGACCGUGUGGUGGGGAACAAACGCCUGAAGGAAGCCACCUGCAAGCUCUAUUUCUACCAAAUGCUUUUAGCUGUACAGUACCUUCAUGAAAAUGGGAUCAUACAUCGGGACCUAAAGCCAGAGAAUGUUCUUCUGUCAUCUCAGGAAGAGGACUGUCUUAUCAAGAUCACUGAUUUUGGACAGUCCAAGAUCUUGGGGGAGACCUCCCUGAUGAGGACUCUAUGUGGUACGCCCACUUAUCUGGCUCCUGAGGUCCUUAUCUCCAACGGGACUGCUGGGUACAGCCGGGCCGUCGACUGCUGGAGCCUAGGAGUCAUUCUUUUCAUCUGCCUAAGUGGGUAUCCACCUUUCUCUGAGCAUAAGACCCAAGUGUCACUGAAGGAUCAGAUCACCAGUGGAAAGUACAACCUUAUUCCGGAAGUCUGGACAGAUGUCUCAGAGAAGGCUCUGGACCUUGUCAAGAAACUACUGGUUGUGGAUCCAAAGGCCAGGCUUACCACAGAGGAAGCCUUAAGUCAUCCUUGGCUUCAGACUUCCGGUCAAAAGCGGCCCCUGGAACUGGAGGCGGAGGACGCGGAGAGCUCGAAGCGCCUGGCCGUGUGUAAGGCUGUGUUGUGAGCGUUGGACAUGAAAGAAAUGUGCUUCCUUCCACACUGCCAUCGUCUUCUCCACACUGCCAUCAUCUUCUCCACCUUGAAGUCUUUUGUUUUUUUUUUUUUCUUUUUUUUCGGAGCUGGGGACCAAACCCAGGGCCUUGCGCUUGCUAGGCAAGCGCUCUACCACUGAGCCAAAUCCCCAACCCCAAGUCUUUUGUUUUUAAAGGCUAUAUGUUUUUUUUUUUAAAUACAGUCUAUAUUUUAAUGAUGGGGACAACUGCUUUUCCAUCACUGAUGCACAAUUAAAAAUGGCCUCUGGGCUUAUGUUUCAUGACCUGCA